AUGAAAGCUUAUCUAAAGAGCGCAGAAGGCUUUUUUGUCCUAAACAAGACUACCACCAUUGGAAGACAUGUAGAUUCAGACCUUGUUUUAGAGUCUGCCGACAUCGACAACCACCAUGCACUCAUUGAAUACAACGAGGCCGAAUGCAGCUUUGUUCUCCAGGACUUCAAUUCCCGCAACGGCACAUUUGUCAAUGAGUGCCACAUUCAGAAUGUGGCUGUGAAACUUAUACCUGGAGACAUCUUGAGGUUUGGGGCUGCAGGGCUGACCUACGAAUUGGUCAUAGAAAACCCACCCCAGGUCUCCUACCCAUGGAUGAGGGGCCCAGCACCUUGGCCAAGGGCACAGCCACCUCGGGCCCCACAGCAGCCGAACCAAUCACCCUCGCCACCAUACGUCCCCUUCCACCAGGGCACCAGGCCAGUGCCCGUGCAAAGGAGCUGGUCCCAAGGGUUCCCCAGGCCCACCGUGGUGCCACCUGCCUCACACAGGCGGCCUGUGAGCACCAGCGGGAAGAUGUUCUCGUUUGUGGUGGACAGCGGCCCCAAGUCCCCCACCAUCAAGCAAGUGUGGACCAGUGGCAUGGAAAUGUCAGGACAACGAUCGGCCGAGGGAAUUCCUGGGGCAGCACCUCCCACGGAGAUUUAUGUGGACCAGGACCUGGCCCAGCAGGACAAGGAUGAAAUAAUUCUGCUUCUGGGAAACGAAGUCAGCCGUCUGUCAGAUUUUGAACUUGAAUCCAAAUACAAAGACGCCGUGAUCAUAAACCUGCAGAACGAAGUGGCUGGACUGAAUCAGAAGCUGUCGCAGACAACCACCCCCAGGCAGAGUGACAGGGAGAUGUCGCAGAAGUUUCAAGUUCUGGAUGAAGACAUGGAUGCCAAACAGAAAGAGAUCCAGAGCCUGAAAAGCCAGAUCAGUGCCCUACAGAAAGGCUACAGCCAGGUGCUGUGCCAGUCGUUGUCUGAGCGGAACUCAGAGAUCACAUCCCUCAAGAAUGAGGGCGAGAACUUAAAGAGGGACAACGCCAUCACGUCAGGGAUGGUGUCCUCUUUGCAAAAAGACAUGUUAGCAAGGAAUGAGCAAGUUCAGCAACUAAAAGAGGAGGUGAAUCAGCUGAAAAGUCACAACAAAGAAAAGGAUCACCAGCUUGAAGCCCUUGGCUCCAGAUGCUCAGCGCUGAAAGAAGAGUUAAAAAAGGAAGAUGCUCAGAAGGAGCUCCGGGAAGCCCAAGAGAAAGAGUUAAAACUCUGCAAGACCCAAAUCCAAGACAUGGAGAAAGAAAUGAAGAAGCUGAGGGAGGAGCUGAGGAAGAGUUGCACUGAACAGAGCGUGAUCUCUAAGACUCUGCGAGAAAAAGGCAGGGUUGAAGAGAAGCUUCAGGAGGAUUCCAGAAGGAAAUUGCUUCAGCUGCAAGAAAUGGGGAACAGAGAGAGCCUCAUUAAAAUCAAUUUGGAAAGGGCAGUAGGUCAGCUGGAGCAUUUCAGAAGUCAGGUCAUCAAGGCCACCUACGGGCGAGCAAAGCCAUCCCAAGACAAACCCAUCACCGACCAGCAGUUAAUAGAGAAAAUUGCGCAGGUCACUGAGGACAACAUCAACUUCCAGCAGAAAAAGUGGACCCUGCAGAAGGAGAGCCAGCUCAGCAGUUCUAGGCAGGAGGAGAUCGCGGGAAACAUCGAGAAGCUGAGGACAUCCUUAGAUGGCUGCCAGGCUUGCAUGAAAAUGUCCUGCUGCAGCAGCGACCUGAAGAAGGAGGUGGAGCUUCUGCAGCAGCUCCAGAUGAGCCCACCUGUUUCCGGGCUCCAGAAGGUGGUGCUGAACAUCCUGAGCCACUCGCUGUCCUGGCUGGAGGAAACAGAGCAACUCCUCCAGGACCUCGGCAUCCAGCUAUCCAGCUCUGACAAAGGGUUCUCUUUGUAUCUCAUAUAUCUUCUGGAACAUUAUAAAAAAAUUAUGAGCCAGACCCAGGAACUUCAGAUCAAGAUCAACAGUUCUCAGGAAACGCAGCAGUCUUUGCUGCAAGAAAAGCUGCAGGAGCAUCAGGCAGAGAAGGAGAAGCUGCAGGGGGAGAAGCUAGAGCAAGAAGAGAAGCUGAAAGCCAGCAUCAGGCAACUGAUGGAAGAGAAGGCGGCUCUGGAGGAAAGCGUUACUCAAGAGAAAAACAGAGCAAAGGAAGCGUUAGAGGAAGAACAGAAGAGAGCCCAUGAGCUGGAGAAUCGCUUAGCCCGCCAGAAAAAGGCUCUGGAGGAAAGCGUUACUCGAGAGAAAAGCAAAAUGAAGGAAGCGUUAGAGGAAGAGCAGACCAGAGCUCAGGAGCUGGAGAGCCGCUUAGCCCGUCAGAAGGAGGUUCUGGAGAGCAGCAUUGCCCAUGAGAAAAGAAAAGCAAAGGAAGCCUUAGAGACAGAAAAGAGAAAAGUUCAAGAUCUGGAGAACCACUUAACCCAGCAGAAGGAGAUCUCAGAGAGCAGCCUCGCCUACGAGAAACACAAAGCCAAGGAAGCCAUAGAGAAGGAGAAGAGAAAGGUGCAGGACCUGGAGAACCUCUUAACCAAGCAGAAGGAGGAAAUAGAAUUAAAAGGGCAAAAAGAGGACAUUUUAAAUAAUAAAUUAAAUGACGCACUGGCCAUGGUAGAAGAGACUCAGAAAACAAAGACGGCUGAAAGUCUAAGAGCAGAGAGCCUCACCAUGAAAUUAAAUGAAACAUUAGCUGAACUGGAAACCGCCAAGACAAAAAUGGUCAUGAUGGAGGAGCGGAUAAUGCUGCAACAGCAGGUGAUGAAGGCCCUCCAGGACGAGCGGGAGUCACAGAAACAUGGAUUUGAAGAAGAAAUCAUGGAAUACAAGGAGCAAGUCAAACAGCACUCGCAGACGAUUGUGAGUCUAGAGGAAAGACUCCAAAAAGUGACUCAACACCAUAAGAGGAUAGAAGGAGAGAUCGCGACUUUGAAGGACAAUGACCCAGCUCAAAAGGAGGAAAUGCCGCAAGACCCUCCAGUGGCUCCUCCGUCGGAGAGUAGUGCCAAAGAGAUGGCGUGCGACCACUUGAUAGAGGACUUACUGAGUGCUCAGAAGGAAAUCCUGUCUCAGCAGGAGGUCAUCAUGAGGUUGAGGAAAGACCUUACCGAAGCCCACAGCCGCAUGUCAGAUUUGAGAGGGGAGCUUAAUGAGAAGCAGAAGAUAGAACUGGAGCAGAACAUGGCGCUGGUCCAGCAACAGAGCAGAGAGCUGAGUGUGCUCAAGGAGAAGAUGGCACAGACGAGCGGCCUGAUAGAAAAGAAGGACAAGGAGCUGAAGGUCCUCAAGGAGGCCCUCAGAGCUUCCCAAGAGAAACACAAACUUCAGCUGAAUGUAGAGAAGGAACAGAAGCCCAGGAAUAAGACCCAGAUGUGUGACAUCUCAGUGCAGAUAGAACCAAUCCACACUGAUACUUUCUCCAGCAGCCAAGAGGAGCAAUCCUUCAGCGACCUGGGGGCCAAGUGCAAGGGGUCCCGACAUGAGGAGGUCAUCCAGCGUCAGAAAAAGGCCCUGUCUGAACUUCGAGCACGAAUUAAAGAACUCGAGAAGGCCUGCUCGUCAAAUCAUAAGGACCACCUGACCGAAUCAUUUCUCAGAAUGGAAAAAAAUGUCCAGAAAAUGUUAUUGGACGCAAAACCUGAUUUGCCAUCUCAUUCAAGAAUAGAGAUCCGAGCGCCACAGAAAGGUCUUUCCAACUCAGGGUCCAGCCCAGCCAUCGAAAAGGUGGGGACCCUGGAUGUGGCUGAGGCUUUAGAUCUCAGUGAAAAGCUGUACAUCGACCUGAGUAAGACGCUUGGAAGUCUGAUGAACAUCAAGGACAUGUCAGGCCUUAUGUCCAUGAAGUACCUCUCCCCCAAAGAGAGGGAGAGAGUCAACCAGCUUCGACAAAGGGACCUCAACCUGGUGUUUGAUAAGAUCACGCAACUCAAGAACCGGCUGGAGAGAAAAGAGGAGCUUUUGAGAGGAUACGAAAAAGACAUUGAGCAGCUCAGGCAGAGCAAAGUGUCCGUUCAGAUGUACCAGUCACAGGUGGCCAAGCUGGAGGACAACAUCUACAAGGAAACCGAAGAGAAGGCCCUGCUGAAGGAGGCGCUGGAGCGCACGGAGCAGCAGCUGUACCAGGAGAAGAGGAUCAACAGGGCCAUCCGGCAGCAGCAGGAACGUUUAGAGGAUCACGAGCAGAGAAACACAAAAGGAUCAACCCCUUGCAACUGUUCCUUCAAAGAGAAAGAGAGGCAGAGACGAGUGUUUGUAGAGAUGGUGAAGAACAAGAUGCAGAACUCAAAUUCCCAGGUUGGAGCCAGAAAAGCCCUAAAGAUGGACCAGGACAGAGAAAUGCUGAAGAACGAUUCUUCCAGCAAAUCCAGCCAGAGCCUUCUGUUUUCUAAGCCUGGAGGAAGGAACUAGAGGAACAUUGUCCCGGCACGCCUUGCCUGAUCCUCUGUGAGUCGGUUUGACUCUCUGUAUCUUCUGUGUCAAAAUACUAAGAUGCUUUUGUAGGACUUUAAAGAUUGUUAUGCUAGUGUUUUUGCCUUCUAGACUGGUACUUUGCACAAUAUUGUAUUUUGGAGUGUGUGGGGAGAGGGCUUCCUUUUCUAAAAUCUCUGUGAAUGCACACACACUCGGGUAUAGGAAGAAUCUAAGUUUGCAACCCAGACUCCUAGGUACGGUAGAUACAGUUAGGUGGUUCCACAGUUGGGUCAUGGCGUACCCAAACGUCACACUUCUACGGAGCUCCAAGACAGUGACGGUUGAGAAAACCCAAGACUCGUAUCACAGAGCAGAAUGGUAACCUCAGGGCUGUCGGGGCCAUGGUAUAGUGAAUUAAUAUCACUUUGUUAUAAUAAAUUUAGAACGCCAAUCAGUUUUACUGCUUUCAUAAUAAUAACUAACUUUUGUAUGGCACUCUGCAGUUUUCAGAUCACUUCUCAUUUAAUCCCCCACCAAGCCCUAGGAGGUAGUGUUAAGUUCCCCAUUUCACAGAUGAGGAAGCUGAGGCCCAGGCCAGUUAAACAGGCUGCCUAAAAUCGCACAGCUAGUAAAUUCAAGAGUUGGGUCUUCAACCCAGGUUUCUAAUCCCAUCUCUUACUGUCCAGUCUGCUACACCAAGAUGGUCUGGUAGUUCCAUUCUGAGGCCACAAGGACAGACCAAGUUCACAGUCACCAAAGGACAUACACUUCCCAGAUGGACACACUUCUUUUUCACGGUGUUUAGAGAGAGACCCUCAUUUUCCUUGCUCCAUUCCCAUUCUGCCUUCCUUCCAUCCCUCCGUCCGCUCGCUACCUUUCUUGUAUGGCCGGGCAGCAAGCAAAACAAGAAAGAAGAGCCGGAA